CACCCCAACUUCCCCCCGGCCAAGAUGGUGUUCCAGAUGGUUGGGCAGCCAUUCCACUACUCUCCUGGGGUUGGGAUAAAUGACCCAGGACAAGGAAAGGCAUGUAACUGGCGUGUAACUGGCUUCAGAUGCAGGGGGAGGGAGGGGAAACGCAGAGGUCAAUACCGUCACCUUCAACCGCCAAUAGUCUCUCCGGAGCCUUGCAGGGAAGGGGGAGGAUGGACAUCUGCUUCCUGGACAGAGGAGAAAGAGAGGAAGGAGACCCUCCGCUUUGAGCAGCCUUCCUGCCGACAACCCUCUCACCACAGCUGGCCACCCCAGGAAGAAGCCUAUCAGUGGCUCCCGCCAGAAGGUCAAGGGUGUCGGAGAAGGAGAAGGAGAGAGAAAGGAAAGUGAGAGAAGAGUGGGAAAGAAGGGAGGGAAAGAGAAAGAGGUGGAAAGGGAGAAUCAAUCAUUGCAGUGAACUGGGCGCUUGAGAGAGGACAAAACAACAGAGUUGGAAGACAUGGUCCCGGCCCACAAGGAGCUUACAGUCUAGAAGGGGAGGAGAAGAGGAGCAGAUGGAAGAGUAGAGGAGAAGACUCAGAAAGAGCCAGGGAAAAGAGCCAAAAAAAAAAAAAGGAAGGAAAGAAAGAAAGACAUAAGGAGUGAAAGUCAAAGGAGAGAAGUUUUCUAUCGGAGGGGGGCUCUCGUCGUUCUAGCGGCCUGGGUGUAAGACUCGGGAGGGCCUUGGUUGAGACGGGAGAUACUGGUCUGGGGUCUGUGAUCCCACAGGUGCUACCACUCCGGCCAUGGUGACUCGGCACUGGACACUGACCUUUCCCGCUCUGGUGUAUCUGUCCCAGCUUCCUCGGGCGAGAGGCGAGGAAGGCUGUGUGAAUUCUGAGCACUGCGUGACUACCGACUGGGUUCACCUCUGGUAUAUCUGGUUGCUGGUCGUGAUCGGAGGGCUGCUUCUCCUAUGUGGACUGACCUCGGCCUGUCUCCGCUGCUGCCUGAGCCGCCAGCAGACCGGGGAGGAGGCGGGCCCAUCCCCAUACGAGGUGACGGUCAUCGCCUUCGACCACGACAGCACGCUCCAGAGCACCAUCACCUCCCUCCAGUCGGUGUUCGGGCCCAGCGCCCGCCGGAUCCUGGCGGUAGCCCACUCCCACGGCUCCGUGCCCGGGCCGGCGCCGCCCUCCUCCCCAGAGACCCCCCCGGGCUACGAAGAGGCCCUGCACAUGAGCCGGUUCACCGUGGCCCGGUGUGGGCAGAAGCCCCCCGACUUGGCUCCGGUCCCUGAGGAGAAGCAGCUGCCCACCCCGGAGAAGACAGAGGUUCCCCCAUUGGGCCACUGAGGACCCGGCAGCAAUUGCCACCGAGGGAGACCACCCGCUUCCGUCCCAGAACCCGUCACUUCCCCUUCUCAUGGGGCCCAGAGUCUAUUCCCUGAGGAACUCCAAUCUGUACCCCCCUUUUCCAAGCCAAUUCCCAGCUUCAUCUCCCCGGAGCUUAGUUCGGUGCUCGGCACAAAGUAAGCAUUCAAUAAACUCCAUCGUUUGAUUAGGAUUUCUUCCCAGGGACCGCGCCCCUCGUCUCUACCCCAACCGACCUCUCUGACUUAUUCCGACAGUGUGGGACGGAUCACUGACCCUGCCACCAGAACAGAGAAGCAGGAAAUGUCUGGCUAUGGCUACCAUAGGCUGUGGUUGGGCAUCAAGAGCCACCAUCUUUCAGACUGCUCAGUCAUCCCAGCUGCCCUACAGACCCUUAGGUCGCGGGGAGCAGGGCGGGGAAGUGCGGAUGAUACUGUGCCGGUCAUCACCACUGCCCCAGCUCAAAGCCCUCUGAAAUUUUGAAAUCGACUGGCAGGGCGCGGAUGAGCCCGUGCCACUGGGAAAGCCCCCCAGCUGAGGGCCUACAGAGCUCCAGAAUCAUGUGAUAUUUUGUAUUGAUAUCUGAGUCCCCCCCUAGAUUGUAAGCUCGCUGUGGUCAGGGAAUGUGACUGUUAUA